CAUCGCAAGAAGAAGUCGAAGAAGGGGGAAAUAGAAAUGAUCACAAACAACAAACCACACAAACCAUGAGCCAUGGAGAGUCUGCGGGUGCUCGAGCUGUACUGUGGAAUAGGAGGGAUGCAUUACGCUUUAAAGGAGAGUGGUGUACCUUUUCACAUAGUGGCUGCCAUCGACAUAAAUCCCACAACCAAUCAGAUCUACAGACACAAUUUCCCAGAUACUCCACUGUGGAACAAGACCAUCGAGGGCAUAACAUUAGAUGACUUCAACAAAUUAUCUUUUGACACCAUUUUGAUGAGCCCUCCAUGUCAGCCUUUCACCAGGAUAGGUCGUCAGGGUGACAUUCAAGAUCCCAGAACCAAGAGCUUCCUCUACAUCCUCGAUCUUGUGCCAAGGCUGAGCACGCCACCCCGCUUCAUCCUGCUGGAGAAUGUGAAAGGCUUUGAGAACUCCUCUGCCAGGGAGCGUUUAGUGACAAUGCUGGUGGAAUGUGGAUAUACUUUUCAGGAAAUCAUGGUCUCACCCACAAGUGUUGGGAUCCCAAAUUCAAGACUACGCUAUUUCCUGAUUGCUAAGAUUGCAACAGAGCACACAGUUUUAAAGAUUUCAGACGUGUUCCCACAUGCUGCUCACAGUGAUUGCUAUGAGCUGCCCGCAGUCCUGGAUUCAGCCUGCUUGGCGACCUGUCAGCCAGAAGACCCAGUGGAGGGGGACCAUGUCCUUUAUAAAGUGGAGACAGAGGCUGACGCUCAGAGGAAGAGGAGUCAGAACAACAAUCUGUCCGUCAGGCAGAUUCAAGACUUUCUGGAAGCUCAGCUGGAGGCAAACGAGGAGCAUUAUCUCCUUCCUCCUAAAACACUGCUGCGAUACGCUCUGCUCCUGGACAUUGUUAAACCCACAUGCAGGAGGUCUGUCUGCUUCACUAAAGGAUAUGGGCGCUAUGUGGAGGGAACUGGUUCAGUUCUGCAGUGCUGUGUGGAAACACAGAUGGAGAGUGUGUUUACCGGUCUGGACCAGUGCUCUGAAGAAGUUAAACUCCAGCAGCUGCAGAAACUGAAACUCCGAUAUUUUACUCCUCGUGAAGUUGCCAACCUCAUGGGAUUCCCUCAAAGCCUUUCUUUUCCAGUUCAAGUCACGACCAAGCAACAGUACAAAGCUUUAGGAAACAGCCUGAAUGUGGUGGUGGUGGCCAGACUUCUACAACUGCUGCUCUCUUAACACUUACAGGAUAACUGAUUAUAGAAAAGUUCAAAUACUAAACAAAUAUGUAACAGUACAGUCCUGUUUGUUUAGUAUUUUUUCUAAAUAUGUGAAAUAAAAUCCUCUUUGGUAUUA